AUGUCCGCCGAAAUGAAAGGGGAGUUGGAAACCUGGGUGAGGAACGUCGGGGACCACACGUCCGACCCGGAGAAGUUUGUGGCCGGCAGCUUUGGGCGGCACUUCCCGGCCUGGCAGAAGUUGCUGAAAGACUCCAAACGGGAGUCCUCGAAACGGGUCCUUAAGAUGCUCGCUGCGGGGAUAAAACCUCAGUUUGUGGGCACCGAAGACGCGGAGCCCAAGAAACGCGAGCAAGUCGAAUUCCGGAACCACCAGUCCUUUUACGACAACGCCCCGUUCGCAGUGGGGGAAGCAGUCAAGAUGGUCCAAAACGGUACCCUGCACGUGUACGGCCCGGGAGACGGCAAGCCUAAGGUGGUCAACCCACUCGGAGUGGUUAACCUCCCCAAGGGGCGGCUGGUGGUAAACGCCCGCUACGUCAACCUGUUUUUUAAGAAGCACGCUUUCAAGUACGAGACGCUGCGCGAGGUCCUCACGUUUCUGACGCAGGCCUCCUUCUUCACGACCUGGGACUUCAAGGCCGGGUACUACCACGUCUUGAUUAACCCGGCCUACCGCAAGUACUUCGGGAUCAAGAUCGGAGAAGUCUACAUGCACUACAACGCGAUGUGCUUCGGGUGGUCGGAGGCUUGCUUCCUCUACACUCUCCUCACCCAGGAGCUGAGUAAGGAGAUCCGAUUGCGAGCGGUGCCCGUCUCGAGCUACCUCGACGACGGGCUAACAGGGGACGUCGACUUCUAUCGCUGUCUGUGGGCGACGGUCUUCAUCAUCAAACUGCUGACGCUGUGCGGCGCCGUCUUCAGCAUCCCCAAGUGCAACCUCUGGCCGCAACAAGAGGGGCCUUGGCUGGGGUUUCUCAUUGAGACGGUAGCCCAGCGCUUCUCCGUAGCCCCUGCCAAAAUGGAGAAGCUACGGACGGCGCUAAGGGGUUUGGCGGAGAGCGCUGACGUCACGCCACGAGAGCUUGCCAAGGCAGCCAAACGGACAGCGGAGUUGUUUCUGCAGCGGCUGCCGGAAUGGAACGGCAGGCGCUGGUUCCCGCGCUGCGUAAUGGCGGAGGCUGGUUUGGACGCAUCAGAGACCGGCUUCGGGGGCACCAUCCAGGUCCCCGGGGGCGAAAAGCUCACGGUUGUCGGAACCCUCGCGGAGGAGGAGAGGAGCAUGUCCAGUACGGCCAGGGAAACGGUGGCGUUCCUACGAGUGCUGACGGAAGCCUACGAGCGAGCGGGGGAGGUGCUGCGGGGAGCGGCGGUGCUGCUAAAGGGAGACAACCAAGGGGCGGUUAGGGCAGUGAACGCAAUGAACAGCCGCGCCCCUGACGUUAACGCCGCGCUCAGACAGCUGUUUGAGCUGUGCGCGGAGGGGGACUUCGACGUGGUGGCUCAGUGGAAGCCGCGCGCAGAGAUGCAGGAGGAGGACGACCUCAGCAAGUUCCAGGAGAGCUCCGACUGGGGGUUGAGUGCGGAGCGGGUGCGCAGGAUCCUGGGGGAGUUCGGCGUGGAGCCCGCACUGGAUCUGUUCGCGUCGGACACGUGGCACGUGUCCGAUCGGUUCUUCAGCCAGCACAUCACCCCCGGCUGCCUCGGAGCGGACGCGUUGCGGGUCGACUGGCGGGACCUGCUUGCACCCGGAGAGAUAUCUUGGAUUUUUCCGCCAGUACUUGACUCCUUAGCGAGGUCGUAA